AUGAAAUCGAGACUUUACUCAUCUCGACUACUACAAGGGUACUCAGUCAAUUCCGCUUUCUCGAUCUCAUCAGCCACACGCCGCAUUGGUCACUUCGGUUACACUACCAUGGUCAAAGUCAAUCACAAGCAGGCUGCAUUGGAUUUCUUGUCCUUUGUCAACGCCUCCCCCACUCCCUUCCAUGCCGUCAAGUCUAGCAAGGACUUGCUCGCCGCAGCUGGCUUUGAACAAAUCCGAGAAAAAGACUCGUGGACAUCAAGCCUCCAACCUGGAGGAAAGUAUUAUCUUACCCGCAAUGGAUCCACGUUGAUUGGGUUUGCCAUUGGCAAGAAGUGGAAGCCGGGUAACUCUGUUGCUAUGGUUGGAGCUCAUACCGACUCUCCUGUGCUUAGAAUUAAACCCGUGAGCAAAAAGCAAGGUGAAGGUUUCGUGCAAGUCGGCGUUGAGACAUACGGAGGAGGUAUCUGGCAUACCUGGUUCGAUCGUGAUCUGGGCGUUGCUGGCCGUGUCAUGGUGCGUGCAAAGGAUGGAAGUAUUCAGCAGAAAUUGGUCAAAGUUGACCGACCCAUCUUGCGCAUUCCAACCUUGGCUAUUCACCUGGAACGCAAGGAAUCUUUUGAUUUUAACAAAGAAACCCAAUUGUUCCCCAUUGCCGGCCUGGUCGAGGCCGAAUUGAACAGAACUCGAGACCACACUCCAGACUCUUCUCAACAAGAAACUCCAACAACAUCCUUGAAGCCUACAACAGAACGCCAUCAUUCUUAUCUCGUUGAGCUGGUUGCUUCCGAGAUUGAUGCCAAACCCGCCGAUAUCCUUGACUUUGAAUUGAUUCUUUUCGAUACUCAAAAGUCAUGUCUUGGUGGACUUCUCGAGGAGUUUAUCUUCUCUCCUCGACUGGACAAUCUCAACAUGUCCUUUUGCGCGGUGCAAGGACUUAUCGAGUCCGUCCGUUCCAGCAAGGCUUUGGACAACGAGAGCGCCAUUCGACUAAUUGCAUUAUUUGACCACGAGGAGAUCGGUAGCAAGAGCGCUCAGGGUGCCGACUCAGAUGCGUUACCGGCUGUUCUUCGCCGUCUCUCUGUGCUACCCGCCAAGGAAGCUGGCAACAAGUCAGUUGACCUUUCAACUGCUUAUGAACAAAGCCUUACAACAUCCUUCCUCCUAUCUGCCGACAUGGCUCAUAGUGUCAAUCCCAACUACAGCGCCAAAUACGAAUCAGACCACAAACCUCAUCUGAACAAGGGCCCCGUCAUCAAGAUCAACGCCAACCAACGCUACGCAACCAAUGCUCCUGGUAUUGUGUUGUUGCAAGAAGUCGCACAAAAGGCUGCCGAAGAUGGAGGAGACAUUGUACCCUUGCAACUGUUUGUCGUUCGCAACGACUCUUCCUGUGGAAGCACUAUUGGGCCAAUGUUAUCUGCUAAUUUGGGUGCAAGGACACUUGAUCUGGGUAACCCGCAGCUUAGUAUGCACAGUAUUCGGGAAACUGGCGGUACAGAAGAUGUGGGACAUGCUGUGAGGUUGUUUGCGAGCUUUUUUGAGCAUUAUUCGGCCUUGGCUCCGACUAUUCUCGUUGAUUAGUCGGUUAGAUUAAGUUGUAGGGAGGCUUCCCACGUUUUGUCUCUCCCAUACCACCGAUAUGCGAUAGACUUGUGGGGCAGAUCAAGAGAAACAAUUUCGGAGUUAUCCUUAGAGACGAGAAAUGCUAAUAACCGAAAGAAUAGACUCGAAUACAAUAAGAUACUAUAGAUACAUAUAUUGCUGCAACACUGUACAGUCUCUUUUCUAGUAAGGAAAAUCAUACAGAAGGCGCAUCCUUCUUCUCAAUGACAUCUGCACCCUGUUCCUCCAGUAUGGUCCCCUCUUUAAUAAUCUCCGCACCAUCCUCCAUUAGCUCCUCUAACGACUUCAACUUAACCUCCAUAACCCUCAAAAUCGUAUAUCGAUGCUUACUCUUGAUCCUCUGCACAUGUCUCCGUCUCCUCUUUGUCUUCUCCUUUAUCCGAAGCGGCUCAGACUCCACACCCAGCACUCUCAAACGACACUCGUACAUCCUCUCAUCAAUAUACGGACUUCCCUUGAGCGUAUAAUCGCGUGAUCCAAUAACAGAAGCGCGAUUGAAGCGUAGGAUGUCGCCGGAUUUGACUUUGGGCAUUAGGAAGGGGAGGCGCAGGUGGUCGCCUUCAGUGAGGAGGUAAGGGCGAUCGUGGAGGUGCGCGGAGAUGUAGUGCGGGCGUUGGGUGUAGAGGUAUGGUAAUUUGUCGGCAAGAGAUUUGGUGAUUUUGAGGUUUGAGUCGAAGAGAGGUGGGAGAGGGAGUUUGGUACGCGGGAUGCCGUUUAUGAAGUGUCCAUCUGACGUCGAUGUGGUUGUUGAUUGUUGUGUGGCAUCUGGAAUGGGAGAUGUGGAUGUCUGCGACGCGGAGGGGGGAAUUGACACUGCAGCAGCUGAAGUAGAAGGCGGAAUCUCAGGAGGUGUCGCCUGGAAAUUCUGAGAACUGCUGUUGGUGGUAGAUGCUUGGUGAAGACAUGCUCGGGAUGCGUAUGAGAGGAUCGGCUGUUGACUGGCUACUCGCUCGACGCUGAAAAGGCCCCGGAGAGCUUGCCGAGAAAACAUUAUGGUCUUUUGUAUUCACUUCCAAUUGGGUAGAGUUAUCUCAUCGGUGAUAGGUGAUUGGGAAAGUUAUCAACAUGGUUGUUGAAGUCGAUGUCUU